CAAAGUCAUUUCAGAUAUUUUCAACGAGAUCUCUCAGUUUCUUCAUCAGAAAGCAAAGGUCGUAUCAAUGGCGAUCACCGAGUUUUUACCUAACGAGUACGGAUACGUCGUCAUCGUCGUCGUCUUCUACUGUUUCCUCAAUCUCUGGAUGGGUUUCCUCGGCGGAGCUCGCAAGAGGUACAAAGUUUUUUACCCAACAUUAUAUGCAAUUGAAUCGGAGAACAAAGGUGCUAAGCUCUUCAAUUGUGUUCAGAGAGGUCAUCAGAACUCAUUGGAGAUGAUGCCAAUGUACUUCUUACUAAUGAUACUUGGUGGGAUGAAGCAUCCUUGUAUCUGUGCAGGUCUUGGCUUGCUUUACAAUGUUAGCAGAUUCUUUUACUUCAAAGGCUAUUCUACUGGUGAUCCUAAGAAUCGUCUUACUAUUGGGAAAUAUGGCUUCUUAGCUAUGCUAGGUCUGACUGUUUGCACAAUCUCAUUUGCGAUUACCUUGCUUCGUGGCUCAGCUUAGCCAUCUUUGUGAGUUUUUAACUUCUUUACCAAUACAUCUACGGUGCUGUUUAGUUUGAAGCUCCAAAACAAUUUGAUUUCCUUGGUAUAGUCCCCUUGUUCAAAAACAUGUUGACUUCAAAUAUGUAAAACAAACUGUAAACAGGUUAUACAACUUUUCAAGUUGGUGAGUUAUAUAUCAGUUGGCAUAUCAGUAAUUUA